AUGGAGAUUAUCACACCAACAUUGUUGAAGGAUUUGAAAUUAUGCUUUGCUCAUCUUUUAAACCUUCUCUCUUUCAUUCAAGACAUAAAUAAGGUGACCACAAUGGAAGCAGAAAAUGUAAGUUUCCCAAGUACAUUUGUCUUGUUGGGCUUCUCAGAUCAUCCAUGGCUGGAGAUGCCCCUCUUUGGAGUGGUGCUGAUCUCCUACAUUCUGACCCUGCUAGGGAACAGCUCCAUCAUCCUUCUCUCACUGGUGGAGCCCAGACUCCAGACACCCAUGUACUUCCUGGACAACCUCUUGGUGCUAGACCUCUGUGUCACCACCACCAUUUUGCCCCAGCUGCUGGCCAACCUAUGGGGACCACAGAAGACCAUUGUCUCCUGGGGCUGCAUCACACAGGCCUACUUUUUCCACUGGAGAGCAUGCACUGAAUGUGUUCUGUUGGCAGUGAUGGCCUUUGAUCACUAUGUGGCUAUCUGCCGGGCACUUCAGUACACUCUCAUUAUGCAUCCCCAUUUGUGUGUGCAGCUGGCAUCUGCAGCCUGGUCCAGUGGCCUGGACAAUUCAGUGUUUCAAGCCACCCUUACCCUCCAAAUUCAUCACUGUGGUCAUCACACCCUGGACCACUUCUUCUGUGAGGUGCCUGCUCUGAUCAACCUGGCCUGUGGAGAAACCACUGCUAAUGACUUGGCCUUGGUUGUGGGAGCCAUCCCUUUUGCACUGGUGGCUCCCCUGCUUGUAUUGGUCUCUUAUACCCUCAUUGCCAGGGCUGUGCUGAAGUUACCUUCAGUGGAAGGAAGGUCUAAGGUCCUCAGCACCUGCAGUUCCCACAUGGUGGUUGUCAAAAUGUACUUUGGGCCAGCCAUCUACAUGUACCUCCAGCCUCCUGCCAAUAGCACCCAGGCCAAGUUCAUGUCCUUCUUCUACUGCAUCAUCAUACUACUUUUGAAUCCACUCAUCUACACCUUAAGAUACACGGAUGUCAAGAGUGCAUUGAAGAGAAUCCUGCAGUCUUAUGGCAGGGUGAAUUUAUAA